UUAAAAUGGAAGACAUCUGGCCAACAAUCGAAAGAACAACAAUUUCAGCAUCUGUGCCCGAGGCUCCAGCGAACUUUGAUGAAAAACCUCCGUUCAAUCGAACAAUCAACGUGUAUCCGUUGACUAAUUACACAUUUGGUACUAAAGAUGCACAAGCAGAAAAAGACAAAUCAGUUCCAGAAAGGUUCAAACGAAUGAAAGACGAAUAUGAAGUGAUGGGAAUGCGUAGAUCAGUUGAAGCGGUGCUUAUUGUUCAUGAGCACUCACUUCCACAUAUCCUACUCCUGCAGAUUGGUACCACCUUUUAUAAAUUGCCGGGUGGAGAAUUGGAACUUGGUGAGGAUGAGAUAUCUGGAGUCACACGUCUUCUAAACGAGACACUCGGAAGAACCGAUGGGGAGACAAACGAAUGGACAAUCGAGGAUGAGAUAGGCAACUGGUGGCGACCAAACUUUGAUCCUCCCCGUUACCCGUACAUCCCUGCGCACGUGACAAAACCCAAGGAGCACACCAAGCUGUUGCUUGUUCAGUUGCCCUCAAAAUCAACAUUCUGCGUUCCCAAAAACUUCAAACUCGUCGCAGCUCCACUCUUUGAACUUUAUGACAACGCAGCCGCCUAUGGACCACUGAUUUCCUCUCUUCCAACCACUCUUUCGAGAUUUAAUUUCAUUUUCAAUGACUCCAACUAAAUAUUUUUAUUAUCUGUUACUUUUUGUGUCUUCCUAUUUUGUAAAUGACCUUGUUCACUCUAAUUUUGCUCCUACCAAAUCUUCGAUUUUGUUAUGUAUGAUCUCUCAAAUCGUUAGUAUGAAUUUAAAAAUAAAUUAUUUCUUCAUUUUC